AUGGGUGUAGCUGAGAAAAUCUUUUUUGGCCUUUUCUUACCAGGUGUUUGGUGUAAUAAUUGGUUCAUCCGUCUGCCAGAGAAGAUUGAAGCUUUAAGUGGAUCCUGUGUGCACAUAGAGUGUGAAUUUGAGAUUGAAGAAAAAUAUGACCAAGACCUUACUGAGAGUGCUGCUGGACUAUGGUUUAAAUAUAAUCUUAAUAAUCCUAAUAAUCUUGUGUUUAACUCCAAAAAUCCCAGUGAAAAACACUUUAGAGGGAAAAUAACUGGAAAAUUACAAGGGAAGAACUGCACCACUAUCUUUUAUGACGUUAGUUCAAAUCACAAUGGAAAAUAUUACUUCAGGAUUGAGGGUAAUGGUGGACUGAAAUAUACCUAUCAUACACCCUUUGUCACUAUAAACGUCAUUGAAUCUCCUCAUAACCCCACAGUGAAGUUGUAUGUGGAUCAGAAGGAGGUGCAGAGUCAGCAGGAGGUGUUGGAGGGGAGCUCUGUGAGUCUGUCCUGCUCUGCUGAGACUCUCUGCUCCUCUCCUCCAGCAACUCUCACAUGGAGCUCCACUCCCAGACUCCCCUUCAGUCUAGAGGAGCAGCAGAGUCAAACUGAACUCAUCUCUCAUCUCAACUUCACUGCUACUCACCUUCAACACACAAUCACUUUCACCUGCACUGUCACCUACCAGCUACAGAAUGACAACAAAACAGCACAGGAGUCCCUAAUGCUACAUGUUCAGUACUCCCCUAAAAACACAUCAGUGUCUGUGUUUCCCUCUGACCCUGUGUUGGAGGGCAGUUCAGUGACUCUGAACUGCAGCAGUGAUGCAAAUCCAGCAGUGAUCAUCUACACCUGGUACAGAGAUAAUGGAGGAGAGUUGGAGCAGCUGUUACGACAGACUGGAGACACUCUCAUCUUCAAUAAGAUCAUCUCAACACACAGAGGCUGGUACUACUGUAGAGCUCAGAACAAAUAUGGCACCCAAAACUCAUCAGUGCUGCUGGAUGUUCAGUAUUCUCCUAAAAACACAUCAGUGUCUAUGUUUCCCUCUGACCCUGUGUUGGAGGGCAGUUCAGUGACUCUUACCUGCAGCUGUGAUGCAAAUCCAGCAGUGAUCAACUACACCUGGUACAGAGAUAAUGGAGGAGAGUUGGAGCAGCUGAUACGGCAGACUGGAGACACUCUCAUCUUCAAUAAGAUCAUCUCAACACAGAGAGGCUGGUACUACUGUAGAGCUCAGAACAAAUAUGGCACCCAAAACUCAACAGUGCUGCUUGAUGUUCAGUAUGUUCCCCAAAUCUCCAUUUCUUCCAGCUGUAACAGAACUGAUAUAUCUUGUGUGUGUUGGUGUGAGGUUGAUGGGAAUCCCUCUCCUAAACUAGAGUGGCAUCUGUCUGGAUGUCCUGUCACUAACUCUAUAAACAUGUCCAUCAGUGAAGAGCGAUUGAGCAGCACAGUCUUGAGGAGCUUCAUCACUCUACAUCACUCGCUCACACACACAACCAGUCUGUUGUGUGUCACCACAAACACUCAUGGCACUGCCAAAAAACUGUUUCAACUGCAACAGACUGCAUCGUUUCAAACGGACUUUCCCUCCCUGAUGAUUGGAGCUGCUGUAGGGGCUACAGUUAUGGCAAUCUUAUGUAUCAUAGCACACCUGUACAAAAAAUGGAUCUGCAAGACUAGACGGGAAGACGAAACAGGACUUGUUCUGACUGAUGGGGCUGUUUCACAGGAGAAUGAUGGGGAGUCUCUUUAUGCCAAUAAAGCAAUGCUGUCACCUGUUGGAGCCGCCACUAUGAAUCAUACAGAAACACUUCAUUAUUCCUCCAUUGACUUCAGAAAUACCAAACAGGAGUCAGCAGAAAUCAGGGGCGUCUCCUCACUUACUGCCGACUAUGCCGUGAUCCGAUAUGGUCAAACAAUGGCACACGGUGAGGCAAAGAUCAGAGGAGAUACAAAAUAUGGAUUUACCACCUAAUACCAGGUUGCUCAUGAAGCAGCAACAGAAGCACAGCUGGUCUUAAGCGCAGACGUAGACGUAAAGCAAAUGGAAUCAAAGAAAAAUGGAGUAGCACUGCAGACAGUCUCAGAGAAAGCAUCUGACAUUUAUGUACAAAUACAAAAACCUCACCACCCAUAGAGAUCGCAAGAACUCUACCACAACAUUUAGCAUAAUACACAUGACUGUAUAAUAAAGCAAUAAGACCCCCUUAAAACCUCUUAAGCAUGGCAAAGACCUUCAGGACAUCUUGAAAUAUCAGUAUAUGCAUACAGUAUAUCUGCAUUGUAAUGCAAUGUCAGAUAAGAUUCAGAUUCUAUUACGUGUGAAAAUUCCUCAUAACUUUUAUUGGUUUACUGCACUGUA